GCUUUUGAUAAAUUAACUAUUUUAUGUGAAGUUUUCGUCAUAUCUGUAAAAAGUCACUGUUAAGCGAAAUGCGCAUCACUGUUGUAUAAUGCUACCGGUGAGAUGGUGCAGCUGUUUAAAUUCCUGUUAAAAUCGCACAAAUCUCCUGGCCGCGCCCAUUUCCGGCCCACUUUCCUGGACACGCUGCGUCUAGCGGUUCGCGGAGGACAUGGCGGAAACGGAUUGCCGAAAUACGGAGGAGUGGGCGGCCAAGGCGGAUGCGUCUAUUUCGUAGCCAAGGAAGGCCUGACCCUUCGCAAAGUUGUCCAGGGAUUGAAGGACAAGCGGGUAGCCGCCUCCAGCGGCGAGGACAGCAGCAAGGCAAGCAUUUUCGGGCGCCGUGGAGUAGACCAGAAGAUUGAAGUGCCGGUUGGCGUUCAGGUGUAUGAUGACCGACAGAAACUCAUUGCCGAUCUUGACCAGAACGAAGCCACCUGCAUUGUGGCGGGCGGAGGAAUCGGCGGAUGCCCGGCCACUGAUUUCAUCGGUCGUCCUGGCGAGAAUCGCACAGUGAAUCUGGAUCUGAAACUGAUUGCAGAUGUGGGACUUGUGGGAUUUCCCAAUGCUGGAAAGAGUACGCUACUGAAGGCGGUAUCCAAUGCCAAACCCAAGAUUGCAGCUUAUCCAUUUACCACAAUUCGGCCCCAGAUUGGAACCAUCGAGUAUAAAGAUCUGCGCUCCAUCACCGUAGCCGAUCUUCCUGGGCUCAUCGAGGGAGCCCAUGCAAACUUUGGCAUGGGCCACAAGUUUCUUAAACAUGUGGAACGCACCCGCCUGUUGGUACUGAUGGUCGAUAUUUUCGGCUUCCAGCUGAGUCCUCGGCACCCACAUCGAGAUUGUGUGGCUAAUAUUUAUGCGUUAAACCGAGAGUUGGAGCUUUACGAUCCAUCUUUACUAGAAAAGCCUAGUGUUCUGCUGCUCAACAAAAUGGACAAGGACGGCGCCCACGAUAUCUUGACUAAAGUAAAGCCAAUCAUUAACGACCUGGCUAGCGGAUUGGACCAGUGUCCCGAGGAACUGCGACCACAACAAGUGCUUAAGUUCGAGAGUAUAGUGCCAAUAUCGGCGAUAAACUCGACUAAAAUAACGCAAGUAAAGUCCCAGUUGAGAAGGACGCUAGUGCGAUUGGCUGAAAAACAGUUUCUGGCGGACGAGGAGCAGAUCAAGGAGCAACUCAAGCAGCGCGUGGGCGUAGUGGGUCCCAAAAUUACUUAGUUUUAAGUGUCGAUUGUAAAAGUUAAACAAAGAACAUGGCUAAAAUUUAAAUCGA